GUGGAGGCGCAGCGUAACAACUGCUGAAGUCUCCAUGUGACAGUGAGCGGGGUUCCAGCUCCCGGCGCCGCUCGACUCUGAGUACCGGCCCCAAGCACUGCCCACUGUUCCGGCGCCAACAGAGACCAGCAGGCCGGAGACUCCUGGUGUUUGACCGUGCCGCCACGGAACUUGUCGUGUAGUGUGAAUUGUACCUGAGGCACGGAGAGAGGCGAGCGUGGAUUUCUGUCAGCACCGGCGCCCGGACCACGGAGACAUGAACGGCUUCACGCCUGAGGAGAUGAGCCGUGGUGGGGACGCGGCCGCCGCAGUGGCCGCCGUGGUCGCUGCUGCCGCCGCCGCCGCCGCCGCCUCCGCCUCAGCCGGGAACGGGACUGGCGCGGGCGCCGGGGCUGAGGUGCCGGGCUCCGGGGCGGUAUCAGCGGCUGGGCCCCCGGGAGCGGCCGGGCCGGGCCCCGGGCAACUCUGCUGUUUGCGGGAGGACGGUGAGCGGUGUGGCCGGGCGGCGGGCAAUGCCAGCUUCAGCAAGAGGAUCCAGAAGAGCAUCUCCCAGAAGAAGGUGAAGAUCGAGCUGGACAAGAGCGCAAGGCAUCUUUACAUUUGUGAUUAUCAUAAAAACUUAAUUCAGAGUGUUCGAAACAGAAGAAAGAGAAAAGGGAGUGAUGAUGAUGGAGGUGAUUCACCUGUUCAAGAUAUUGAUACUCCAGAGGUUGAUUUAUACCAAUUACAAGUAAAUACACUUAGGAGAUACAAAAGACACUUCAAGCUACCAACCAGACCAGGACUUAAUAAAGCACAACUUGUUGAGGCUUACAUCCUUCUGGAAUCACUGAGGCUGGCAGUGUGGGGUCAAACAGCAACUGGUUUCAACCUUCACAAUUCCGAUCCCCCCAGAAGAGAGGUAGAAAAGCAGGGAGAUAAACCAAGAAGUGGACCUCCUGGAUCUGCUUUGAUAAUUCCCUGAAUACUCUUAGUUAUGUCAAUAUAAGUUUGUACCUGUGGCUGCAGAACAGGUAUUGAAGAUCCAGGAUGCAUGAGAACAUGAACGCCUAGAAAUUCUUGACUAGGUUUGGUAAGCCCAGUCCUGAGCAACGAACAGUAAAUAACAUUUCAUUUGUAGGUGAAGUGAAAUCCAUCUUUUCCCAAGUCAGAUCAACCUGAAAUGGGGUGCAGGGGUUCAGUGAAGCUAUCUCAAACUAUACUGGCCGAAUCACUAUCCCCCUAGUUCCAAAUUUCCAAUCUGAGGAUGAUAUACAACAUAUUUAGCAACCUG